AUGCCAAAACCAAGUGGAAAAAGAGUGCCACCUAAGCCGAAGGCGGGCGCGAAACGCAAGAGCCGAAGUAAGCGAGCCGACUUAGUUUUCCCAGUUUCGCGUAUUAACCGUUUCCUUCGCAAGGGGCGAUACGCGCAAAGAAUCAGCGACCCCGCUCCAGUCUAUUUGGCAGCGGUCAUGGAAUACCUCACCGCGGAAAUGUUAGAACUCGCAGGAAAUGCGGCGAGGGACAAUAAGCGCUUGAGAAUUGUUCCGCGCUAUUUGCAACUUGCGAUUCGCAAUGACGAUGAGUUAAAUCGAUUAUUGCAAGGUGUGACCAUAUCUCAAGGAGGCGUUAUUCCUAAUAUUCGAGAAGAAUUGUUGCCAAAAAGGACCCAGGCUUCUAAACGCACCACUGACAGCGAUAAAAGUACCUCUGAACCCGAAGCCGAUGAUUGAAUACCUCUGUAUCAAUAUACAUUCUUUA